GAUGGCCUUCAACCAGCUGAUCUGUAUGGCAGCUGGAGUGGGUCUGCUGAUGAAAGAGUGUGACUGCCAGCUCAUGGUAUGUGGUAAACCAUUACUUAACACUAGGAUUGUUGGAGGAGAGACAGCUCCUGCAGGCAGCUGGCCCUGGCAGGUCAGUCUGCACAGAUCUGGACACUUCUGUGGAGGAUCUCUGAUUAAUGACCAGUGGGUCCUAACUGCUGCUCACUGUGUCAGUCAGUCAUCAUCUUUAAUAACCGUAUAUCUGGGUCGUCAGAGUCAGGAGGGAUCCAACCCAAAUGAAGUCAAUCGGACAGUAUCACUGAUCUCCAUUCACCCUGAUUUUAAUGUUGCAACCUUAACCAACGAUAUUGCACUACUAAAGCUGUCUGAACCAGUAAGUUUCACCAGCUUUAUCUUACCAGUCUGCCUAGCUACCCAAAACAGCACCUUCUACACCGGAGUUCACUCAUGGAUAACUGGCUGGGGAAACAUUGAAAGUGGAGUCCCUCUUCCUUCUCCUCAAAACCUGAUGGAGGUAAAGGUACCGGUUGUGGGGAACAGACAGUGCAAGUGCAGCUAUGGAGAAAGCACCAUCACUGAAAACAUGAUAUGCGCUGGUUUACAGGAGGGAGGGAAGGAUUCCUGUCAGUGCGGUUUGGCACCACUCAACACCAAGAUUGUUGGAGGAGAAGACGUUUCUCCUGGCAGCUGGCCCUGGCAGGUCAGCCUGCACAUCAAUACCCACAUUUGUGGAGGAUCUCUGAUCAAUGAACAGUGGGUGCUGACUGCUGCUCACUGCCUCUCCGGGUUCAACCCUGCUAUUAUAAGAGUGUAUCUGGGUCGUCAGGUUCAGAAUGGAUCCAACCCAAAUGAAAUCUCCCGGACAGUAUCAAAGUUUAUUCUUCAUCCGGACUUUGGACUCUUUGAAAAUGACAUUGCCCUCCUGAAACUGUCUUUACCAGUGAAUUUCACCAGUUACAUCUUUCCGGUCUGCCUGGCGGCCUCAAAUAGCACUUUCCACAGUGGGGUUAAAUCAUGGGUUACUGGCUGGGGAAAUAUUAGAUUUAAUGAUCCCCUUCCAUCACCUGGAAACCUUUUGGAAGUGGAGGCUGAUAUUGUGGGAAAUGGACAAUGCAGUUGUGACUAUGGUGACAUAGGUAAUGUCAGUAUUACAGAAAACAUGAUAUGUGCUGGGUUUCGUGAAGGAGGAAAGGGACCCUGUUUUGGAGAUAGUGGAGGUCCACUGGUUAGUAAGCAGGAUGAUCGCUGGAUUCAGGCUGGAAUUGUUAGUUUUAGUGUUGGUUGUGCCAAGCCAUAUUUCCCAGCAGUCUACACCAGAGUGUCCCAGUACAAUAACUGGAUAAACAGUCACAUCACCAGAAACAGGCCAGGCUUCAUAAACUUUACAUCCAACCGGACUGAGAGUGAUUUUAAUGUUUCCUGUACAAGACCCAAUAUCAACCGAAUAACAGUAAACAUAUCUGAGGUAUGUGGUCGACAGUUGCUCAAAACCAGGAUUGUUGGAGGAGAGGUAGCUCCUCCAGGCAGCUGGCCCUGGCAGGUCAGCCUGCACAUCUUUGAACACUUCUGUGGAGGAUCUCUGAUCAAUGACCAAUGGGUGCUGACUACUGCUCACUGUGUUCAAAGGUGGAGUAUGUCACCAUAUUUAUUGACUGUAUAUCUUGGUCGUCAGAGUCAGGAGGGAUCCAACCCAAAUGAAGUAAUUCGUAAAGCAACUCAGAUCACUAUUCACCCAGACUACAUUUCUACCUCCUUUAACAAUGACAUUGCAGUUCUGAGGCUGUCUGCACCAGUAAAUUUCACCCAAUACAUCUUACCAGUAUGCCUAGCUGCCCUGAACAGCACCUUUUACACCGGGGUCGACUCCUGGAUAACUGGCUGGGGAAACAUUGGAAGUGGAGUCCCUCUUCCUUCUCCUCAAAACCUGAUGGAGGUAAAUGUACCGGUUGUGGGGAACAGACAGUGCAAGUGCAGCUAUGGAGAGAGCACCAUCACUGAAAACAUGAUAUGUGCUGGUUUACAAGAGGGAGGGAAGGAUUCCUGUCAGGGGGAUUCUGGAGGUCCGAUGGUAAGCAAGCAGGGUGAACGCUGGAUUCAAUCAGGAAUUGUAAAUUUUGGAUUAGGAUGUGCUGUGCCAGAUUUCCCAGGCGUCUACACCAGAGUAUCGAAUUAUGAGAGCUGGAUCAAAAGUGUGAUCAGCAUCAACCAGCCAGGCUUCAUUAACUUCAUCUCCAACGGGACUGACAGUGACCUCAGCGUCUCCUGUACCAACCAAACAACAACCGCAAUGCCAACUAAACCUAAACCUCCUGAAAAUGCAGAAGGUUUCAGAUCAUUGAGACAGAAUGAGACCAGCAUCACUCUACAUUGGGAUCCAGUUAAAAACAAUGUCAGCUUCAUUGUCCUUUAUAAUGGAAAAGAGAUUCAUGUAGCAGCACCAGCAGGAAAUGGACCAGUUACUCUGACAGUCUCAUCUCUCACUCCUGGAACUACAUACCUGUUCACUCUCUUCUCUGUUUUUGAAAACAUCAGAAGCAGUGGAGUCAGCAUAGCUGCAGUUACUGCUCCUGAAAAUGCGGAUGGCAUCAGAGCAUCAAAUCAAAAUGAGACCAGUAUAACUCUGCAGUGGAAUAAAAUCAACAACAAUGUCAGCUUUGUUCUGCAGUUUAAUGGCACAGAGACAAAUAUAACUGCAACAGAUGGAAAUGGACCAAUAACUCACACAGUCUCAUUUCUCACUGCUCGGACAUACUACACAUUCACACUGUUCUCUGUUUUUAAAAACGUCAGAAGCAGUGGAGUCAGCUUCAUGGCAGCUACCGGUCCAAACUAUGUUUUUGCUGUGAAGAUGAGGCUACAGCUUCCCAACAAAAUGUCAGAAUCAGAGAUGGAAGUUGAUUUAGCAAAGCUCAUCAAAGAAUAUAAUUUGCCAUCACAGUUUUCCCUGAAAAUAGCUUCUUCAAAACCAUGAAAUCAUUAGAAAGACGAAAUGUUGUAAAAGUCAUCAGCAACAUUGUUCCUCUUGUGUUUUCUACAAUAAAUUCAGCGAUAGAUUUUAUUGUAUAUGUAUAUUUUAAAUCUUGUCAUUCAAAGUGCUCUUGUUUGCCCUUUUUCCUCUAUUUUGUUUGCUAAACAAGACCUCAACAAAGAUUUCAUUGUGUUUUCAUGUACUUCUUUCUACACAAAACAUAUUUGCAAACAUUGGUUUGUGUAAAAUCUGGAUUUUUUUUUUUCAUCAGUGUAUUAGUAAGUGAUUGUAAUUUCUUGCCUUG